ACAGUCUCCGUUUUCGUCCAGGAGCUGCGAGGCUGCAGGGCUGGUGCCGCAGUAUCCCCAGCUGUCGCCGCUUAGCCGUGCUCGGAGCCCGGCCGAGGAGGCUGCAGCCGCAGCCAGGACCCCGCAGCCCGCGCCCCGAGCCCACCGCCGCCCUCCGAGGGCGCCCCAGGCCGCGCCAUGGUGAAGGUGACGUUCAACUCGGCUCUGGCCCAGAAGGAGGCCAAGAAGGGCGAGCCCAAGAGCAGCGAGGAGGCGCUCAUCAUCCCCCACAACGCGGUCGCCGUGGACUGCAAGGACCCAGAUGAAGUGGUACCAGUUGGCCAAAGAAGAGCCUGGUGUUGGUGCAUGUGCUUUGGACUGGCAUUUAUGCUUGCAGGUGUCAUUCUAGGAGGAGCAUACCUGUACAAAUAUUUUGCACUUCAACCAGAUGACGUCUACUACUGUGGAAUAAAGUACAUCAAAGAUGAUGUCAUCUUAAAUGAGCCUUCUGCAGAUGCCCCAGCUGCUCGCUACCAGACCAUUGAGGAAAAUAUUAAGAUCUUUGAGGAAGAUGAGGUUGAAUUCAUCAGCGUGCCUGUACCAGAGUUUGCAGAUAGUGAUCCUGCCAACAUUGUUCAUGAUUUUAACAAGAAACUCACAGCCUAUUUAGAUCUUAACCUGGAUAAAUGCUACGUGAUUCCUCUGAACACUUCCAUUGUUAUGCCACCCAGGAACCUAUUGGAGUUACUUAUUAACAUAAAGGCUGGGACAUAUUUGCCUCAGUCAUAUCUGAUUCAUGAACACAUGGUCAUCACUGAUCGCAUUGAAAACAUUGAUCACCUGGGUUUCUAUAUUUAUCGACUGUGCCAUGACAAGGAAACUUACAAACUGCAACGCAGAGAAACCAUUAAAGGUAUUCAGAAACGCGAAGUCAGCAAUUGUGCUAUGAUUCGGCAUUUUGAAAACAAAUUUGCUGUGGAAACUUUAAUUUGUUCUUGAACAGUCAAGAAAAACAUUAUGGAGAAAAAUUUAACACCACAGCAUAACCCCACCCUUUGUAUUUUGUGCAGUGAUUGUUUUUUAAAAUCUUCUUUCAUGUAAGUAGAACCCAGGGCUUCACUGUUUUUCAUCUCAUUAACUCAAUUAAAACCAUUAUCUUUAAAAAAUA